AAAAUGGAUUAUUCCAAUAUAUUUUGUAAUCUUAUUAGAAAAUAGCUAGCGUAUUGGAAUUGCAGGAGUCAAAUAUAAUAUUGUAUCUGGCGGCAAAGGCGUACAUACGCCUUUCACUCGCUUUAUCCAUGCAGUAAACACAGUCAAAAUGGUUUAUUAUCUUGCGUUUUUAACAUCCGUGUCUUCCGUCGUCGCCAAAAUGUUCGUCGCACCAGUUAUCGACUUCGCAAUCUUCAUCUCCUAAAGCACGCGACACGCAUACACACAUACAUUUAGUGCGUAGGCUUUUCGACCAAUUCAAAUCAAACUUGCGUGCAUCGGCAAUAACAACAAUAAUAAUAAUAAUAACAAGCAGCAAGAAUUAGGAGCAGCAGCAGCGAGUGACGUGCAAUUGGCGAAAGUGUGAGUAGCAGCAACAACCCCGAGAGGUUGCUGCUGUCUGCUGUCUGGUGGCUGGUGGCGCUCGUCUGUUGUAAGCCAGCCUAAACCCACCUAACAUGUCCGAGAAGCAUGGCCAACUCAGUGGUGCGCAGUGGACGACGAAAUCAGCAGCAGCAGUGGGGGGCACAACGGCAACUACGCUGCAGAAGCAUCAGCAACAAACCAAUCCAAAUUCCAAUCCGAUAUACGAGGCAACAACAACAGUUGCACACACAAAUCCGUAUGGCGCUUGUGGUGUUCCCCUACCGGUGCCGAUUCAGAUUUCGGACAUUCCCUCGUAUACAUCGGGACGUUUCCAGGCACCGUCCAUCCAUUUGCAAACGGCGAAAUUAUCACCGCUGACCAUUGCGCCAAUUGUGGCGCCUGCCCAGCAACACGCCCAGUCCCAGGUGUCGCCCACAUCCACAAAUGUACCUGCUCCCAGCCAAAGCGGCUUUGUGUCGCCAGCUUUUACAAAUUUGAAUGCCCCUGGCUCGGCAGCCAGUGGAGCCACAUCCGUGCUCACUCCGAAUCCCUUUGCAGCGGCCUCUGGCAAUGCUGGUUUGGCCUUUGUCAAUGCCUUUAAGAGCGCACAGCAAUUGGAUCUGGGGAAGAUAAUGCAAGCGAUAAAUGUUAAUGCCUCUACAGCGGCAGCAGCAGCGUUGCCGAGGCACCCACAUCCGCCACCUCCCCAUCCCAGUGAAGGCGGUUCAGUAGCUGUAGCCGCUGCCCCACCCAGUGGCGUCAUCAACUCCACAAUUGCGGAGAACGUAAUGAAUGCGCUGACCAGCGACGAGGAGCGAAUGCGACGCGUCCAGCAGGUCAUCGAGUCCAGUUUGGAUGAUACUGCCAAGCUGCAAAUUGCGCAAAUUCUGGAAAACGUGGCAGGCUUGAAGCCCAUUGAGAAACUGUUUCUUUAUUUACGAUUACCGGGCGAGAGUUCGGACACUGACCCAUUGAGACAGCCACAGAAUCCGUUGGGUACACGCUCAGAGAUUAAUCAUACCAUUAAUUGGGUGCGCUCGCACCUCGAGCACGAUGCUCAGGUCUCCAUACCAAAACAGGACGUUUACAAUGAUUACAUCGUCUAUUGCGAGCGCCUGAACAUCAAGCCGCUGUCAACAGCUGAUUUUGGAAAGGUAAUGAAGCAGGUGUUCCCCGGCGUCCGUCCGCGACGUUUGGGUACGCGCGGCAAUUCGCGUUACUGCUAUGCGGCCAUGCGGAAGACCACAAAAUUGACGGCGCCACAGUUGCCGCAGUUGUGCAAGGAUGAGCCAAUCGAUGACAGUGUGCCCACUGAAACCGCCCCAGCACAUUUAAAGCGCACACCCAACGCCCCGGGAAGUGUACCAGGCGCAGAUGACGACGCCAGCUGGGAUGUGGUGCGCAGUUGGGCGGAAAAACUACUCAACACUAAACUGGACAGUGUCACUGAGCUAGCCACACGCAUUAAAAGCAACAAUGCAGUUAUUAAUCCAGUAGUGGCGGCCAAAAAAUAUACGCCCAGGGAGCCCAAAGAGAAGCGCUUGCUUGCGGACAUGGGGCCGCUAAAGAAGCGCCGCAAAAAGAAGCGCAAGGGCUCCACCUCCUCCGAAUCGAGCUGCAAUCAGCCAAAUGCGGCCACCGAUGCUGGCAGCAGUCAGGAAGCGGUCAGCGAUGACCACAAAACGGAACAGUUACUACAGAUCAAACAGGAGAUUAUAGACUCGCCCAGUAGCUAUCCGACAGCCCCACAGCUUCAGCAACAGCAGCAGCAGCAUCAGCAAGUUUUGCCUAUGAAUCUGGCCACGGAGCCACGGAGCAAUGCUGUCCGCAAUCUAACGCCGAAGCUAAUAGAGUUGCAAACGGAAGCGGCGGCACAACAGCCGAUGUCACCCACUGGGCUGGUCAUCAAGGACGAGGCGGAAGAGUACAACACCACAAACAUAUUCUGCAAAAAAGUGCUUAAGGCCCAACAGACCAAAGGCAAUUGGGUCAACUCGCCCAGCAGCGGUAGCGGUAGCGGUGGCGCUAGCGGCAGUGCUCUGCUAAUACCACCAGUGAUAACCACAACGGCGGCAACACCUCCACCACCCGCUCAGCCACCACCGGACAGCUCGCCGGUAAAUGUAACAGCGCUAUCAAUGGGCCCGCCCGCCCAAUUGAAUAAUCCCAGCUCAGUAAGUCCGUCAAGCAGUCUGGAGACGAACAACAGCAACCCCAAGGUCUCGACACGCAACAUGAUUUUGAUGCGGACGAGACGCUUGAUGGCCGAGAAUGCAGCGGCAUUUGCCGCUGCCGAGGACUCUGGACUGCCUGAGAAUUUGGGGCUGCCGCGGGAGCGCGUCAUUAGCAUAUGCAAUAUGGAUAAGCAUGAGCUGGAUGAUUACUUUCUGCCCGGCGACGAUGAGGAGGAGAAUUCCGAGGGGCAGGAUACCGAGUUGCUUCAAUAUUUUCAGAUGGGAGACGCUGAGGAAAAACAACUGAAUUCCUUAGAUGCUCAUGCAGAACAACACAGAAAUCCACAGCAACAGUUGCAGCUGCAACAGAUGCGUCGCUCAAUGCCGUUGCCAACAGCAGCUGCAGUAGCAGCAGCAGCAGCGACAGCAGCAACAAAUGUUGUGGGUUCUGCCUCAGCGUCUCUGGCUUUAAUGUCACGAAAGCAUCAACAACAACAACAACAGCAACAACAUCAGCUACAACAACAACAACAACAACAGCAGCAGCAGCAGCUGCGAUAUAGCAACAACAGCAACAAUAACAACAACAGCAACAAACGCAAGAUUAGUUUAAGCAACGCGUCCAGCAAUGGCAACAACAAGAACUGCAUUUUUCUGCCUAUUUCCCCAAACAACGCAGCAGCAGCAACAAAAGUGGCAGAAACUGCAACAUCAAUAGCAGCUGCAACCACAUCAACAACAACAACAACAGCCGGAAAGCUGCCCACUCAGAAUUGCUUUGCCAGUCCUGGACUCACACGAAUGCGACAACGUUCCAGUAUGCUAACCAAACAGCAAUCGCUGGACUUUGACAACAAUAACGGCAAUGGAGACCCAAUGAUUGGGGCGCAUAGGCGCAGGCGCAGUUAUGUGUACAGUUAUCCCAGCAGCAGCUCCGCCUCGGCUCCGCCAAGUCCCUCGCUAUUGCAACAAUGUAUGGGCGUCAAUUGGUCGUUUAGCGGCAGCGCUGCUAACAACAACCAGUUCAGCGAGAGCACCACAAACAACAGCAGCAGCAACAACAACGUGGAGCUGCUAAUCAAUCAAAACUCGAUGGAUUUGGAAACUAGUCUGGCUCUGAGCGGCGCCAGUAUGGAGCUUAACGAAACACAACGUUCACAAUCUGUGCCACUGUCGCAACUGCAACGCGGCAGCAGCAACCACUCACCCUCAACGGGCUACAAUCGUCAGCUAAAUCAGGCGGUUGUCAACGCUUGCAUUGUCCACGAUGCGUUCUUCUCCGAGAACAGCAACAGUCAGCAGUCUGUGGGCGCACUAAAGCUGGGCGCCAACGAUGUUGAUGUGCCGGCUAGUCUGAUCUACGAUGAUGUGGACGUCAGUGCGCUCAUUUCGCCCAGUUUUGCUAACAAGUUUAGCGGCAUACAAACAACGACCACAUGCAGCUCAUCGGCGGGCUCCUCGAGCGGUUACAGCAGCGCUGGCAGUGCUGGUGGUAUAGUAUCGCGCUCGGUGCCCUCCACACCGCUACCACAUCAACAGUCGCAGCUGCAGGGCUGCAACAGUAGUCAGAACACCGCAAAUGGCAACUGCAACGAUGCCAACGGGCUAUUCAACAUCUCGCCAGCCUUCAAUUGGGGCAGCAGCAAUGUGUCAUACAAUGGUCAGCCGUAUGGUUCGCGAACGGCACUCGAUAUAUCAAAAUCGAUGCCAACGACGCCCAUAACGACUCCGUGCUUUCGCUACAGUCCCGUCGAGCUGCAUCGCGACUUUCUAAUCAAUGGCAAUACGAUUGAUAGCCUGCCGUCGCCGGCUAUGGUGCCUUUCGGCGUUGGCAGUGCCACAAACGCCGUUUUGGCACUCAGCAGCGAUGCGCUGAUUGAUGAUGUGGCACCAACCAGCAGCGAUGUGGAUGCCAUUAUUGGAGCCGCCAAUAUACUCGAUAGCUUGUAGAAUUUGCACGAAGAGAAAGCUCAAACUCAGGCAGAGAAUGAAAACGAGACGCAGCCAGAAGAGCUGGUGAUAGACUGUCUGCUUCAGCAUGUGGACAAGUUGUAAAUGUCUCAAUAUCUGCCUGUUUCCCUCUCCCUCCCCCUUUCUGACUAUUUGUCUGUCGCCUACAAAUUGAAAGCGUAGUCCGUGUAUCUUUAUUUGUAAAUUUUGAAUUUGUUGUUGUAUUUACUUAAGUAAUUAUUGUAGAAUUAUCGGUGUUUCCUGUAAAGAGCUUUCUCUUCGCAAUUCUAAAGCAAAGCACAGCACCCACGCCUAUAUAACAUUUAUAUAUAUAUAUAUAUUCUUAAGAUAAGCUCCAAUUGGUUUCAACAAUGUCCAUAAAAGCAAUUCAUGAAUAUGUCAAUGGUAUUGAAACCAACAUCCUCAACCAAUUAUCCCUCAGGCCCUUGUUAUAUGGUUAUAUGUGCGUGCAUAAAAAUGUAUAUGUAAUUGUAUAUAUAUAAUUAUGUACUGUCUGUACUGUGUAUGCUGCAUAUUGUUAUAAAGUGGGAAGUAACUGGAAAAUGUUUGCCAUUUUCUGUAGUUGAAUAGUUUUUACUGUUGACCCUCGAUUUGAGAACAAAACUGAAAACAAGAGAGAACCUUACAAAUGAAACGAACUUAAAGUCUGAAUGAAUUCAACGUGCAGCGGUUUUAAAAACAAAUAUAUACACAUAGGAAAUAAAAUAAUGUAACAUUUUAAAUGCUCCCGUCGGGGAUCGAGAUUGUUUUACGAUACCAAUAAGAAUCCAAAACUAUACAUGCAGGAUAGUUCUAAGCAAAUAAGUGUUGAGGGCCUGAAUAAACAAAAAACAAGCUUCUAACUUUAAGAAUUAUCAAGAUCAAGAUCAAGAUGAAGUGUGUAAAUGUGUGUGUCGUAUCAUAGCGUAUCGUAAUUCUUUACAAUUUGUUAUCGAAUCAAUUUGAAACUCAAUCAGGCUUUCAAACAAAGUUGAUAAAGUUGAUUAAAGGCGCGUGUAAAAUUGGUCGACAUUCUUUUGAUUUUAUUAACAACCUAUGUAUUUGCUACUCUGUAAUUUCAAUGUUCUAUUCAAUUUAAUUGUUAUUAUAUUUUCUACCCCAUCACUAAACCAUGUUCAAUGGUUUGCAGUUAGAAUUAAGUGUUUGUUUGUUAUUGAAUGUGUUUUGUUUAAUGCUAACGCAUUAUAGGAGUAGGUAUCUCUCUUAUUGUCCAUAGUUCUUUAGGUUUAAUUCCCUUAUGUACCGCUGAAAUUCACGUUUUAUUAUCCGUACAUUUAGUGUUAUUCGUAUGCUUAUUGUUGAACCCUCUAUCCUGUUUAGCCUAUUCUAUUUUUUAGAUUUCUACGACUUUCAACAAAGUUUAGCUUUAACAUUUCGCUUAUACAAAUCAAAUCACAAACGAUUUUCCCUGCUAUGAAUUAGCGUUAAUUUGUUUGUAAAACAAAGUAAAAAUUAUGAGUACGAACAUCUACAGCAUCUUUGCGUUCUCCACAAUUAAAUUGAUAAAAUUAAAAGCGAACAAAAAGAAAAAUAAGAAAAAUUAUAACUGUGCCUCAGGCUUAUUGUAAAACAAUUAUAUACAUACAUAACAACAAUAUACCAUAGCAUAUACACACAAA